CUUGCAAACAACGCUGAACCGAGGACAAGAAAGAGGACUUUCAGAAACACAUCUAUAACUGAACAUCGCAUAUUUUUUGCACAACUUCUCCUUGUGUUUAUCCGCUGUUACUCCAGAAGUUUCGCUAAUCGCUGACAAAAUGAGCAACCACGUUGACGUGAAAAACAUUGAGCCGACCACUUUUGAGGACCGCUACUACGAUGAAUAUGAAUAUUAUAACUUAACAGACCGUUAUACUGAGUGCGCUAGUCGCAAGGGCCGGACGAAGAAGGAGGCGAGCUGUAACACGAACAAACACAACCCUGCGGGACACGAGCGCAAAAUAGUGGAGAAGCUCCAGAAUGCUGAGAAGAAGUCCAAAGAGUGACACAGAGGAGAUUGAAUCGGACGGCUAUCAUGGCAACCGACCACAGGUGACUCUGCGGGAAACGGGCGCUGAGCUGCAGCGGGAUCCGCCUCAGGGCGAGAAGACUGACUCGUGAAGCGCAGUUUUGUCAGACACACCGCUCUUGUGUCAACCCGAUCUCAUGAAAGUGCGUAUAAAUAGUACGCCAAAUAAAAACGAA